CAAACGGCAAAGCCAAACACCAAGCUUCCCACACAGCCAUGAACAACGUCUGCGGAAAAGACCUUUUCUGGCCAGAUAUGGUCCCCUUCAACUGCGAUACGCCAAUCAGUGCUGACGGUGACACCCAAGAGGAGGAUAAUGGCGGAAAGGACCUUUGCUCGCCAAAGAUGGUUCCCCUCGAGCCCUAUACGUCUCCACUUUUCAAACCCGGCUUUACAAAUUGUGAAUGUGUGCAUUAUUUAAAGGUGGAUGAGCAUCAUUCGUCAAACUGCCCUUACAGGAAGCAUGUCCCAGAUAAUACAAUUUGUGGCAGUGGUUGGGAGGUAGUUUGUAGUGUUUGUGGUUGGUUCUGUGGAGGCAACUGCCGAGAUGAAGGACAGGCGAUUUUCAAGAUGUGUGGUAUUUGUGGGAACAAUGGUGAUCACUGGCCUACAAGGUGCCCAAGCCUACCCCUCCUGGGGAAAGAUAUUUCUUUAAUAAUGGCUAAAGUUAAGCCUCUCAACAAGGUCUAUGCCAGGGGCGAGUGUAUUUCCUCAACGUUGAGUUGAGUUAUCUUCCUGAUGGCUCUUGCCUAAGUGCUGUUUUUAGUAGUUGAUGAGGAUUUGGUUACCAUGUUUUUGUUGCUUGUGGUGGU